AUGACACCAUUGGAUACAACAACAAUUCUUGACAAUAAUUCAACAACAAUACCUGAUGAUGAUAAUAAUGUUAAAACAGAAAAUACAACACCAGUUAUAAGUCGUUAUGGACUCAAAAUUCAAAUAAGUUCAAAUAGUGAUAUAGCUAAAUCAGAUGAACAUGAUCAUAAAACAGAAAAUGGCGUUGUAAAUGAUGAUAAAAUAAAAUCAAUUACAGCAGUUGUUAAUAGUGAUGCUGAUAUUAAAAAAGACGAAAAUGUUAUAGAAAAUAAUAAUUCAGUCAGUGUAUCAGAGAUAAAUACUGAAAGUCCUAAUGACGUUGAUGAUAAAUCAACAAAUGAUUGUAUUGAAGAAGAAAAAAUGGAAGUUGUUGAUAAUAAUGAUAAAAGUAUUACUGGUAAAUCAAUUAAAUGGUCUGUUGGACAAUUAACAUGGGCUCAUAUCAGUCACUAUCCUUAUUGGCCUUGUAUUAUAACACUAGAACCAAAUACAGAUAUUUUUACAAAAGAAAAAAGUGUUGGACGUCGUAAAGUAGCCACAUUAAUUCAUGUACAGUAUUUUGGUGAUAAAGGACGACAUGGAUGGGUCAGUGAAAGUUGGAUUAUGGAAUAUACUGGUAUUGAUCAUUUUAAUAAGCUUGCUGUUGAAGUACUAAAAAAUAAAAAAAAAUUUGUAAAAUAUGCUGGUUUUAUUGUUAAAUCAACAAUACAAAAAAAAUGGCAAAUUGCUGUUGAUGAAGCUGAAAAAAUGUUAUUAAUGUCAAUUGAAGAUAGAAUUGAUAUUGCUGAAAAAACUUGUGCAUCAAAAAUUAAAAAACGUGGACGUCCACCUUCUACAAUAAAUGAAGAACCAAUGAAAAAAAAACAAAAACUUAAUGAUGAUAAUAAUACAGUUAUAAAUAAUAACAAUAAUUUUGUUAAUAAUGAUAAAAAUAUAAUAAAUCUAACGAAUGAAACACCACCAACACCACCAUCAAGUAUUAAAGAUUCAUCAGAUGAAUCAAUAGUUAUUCGUAAAACAAAAAGAACACGUCGUAAAAAAUCAGAUAUUGUACAUGGUGAUUUUGAAGUAUAUUAUGAAGAAACACGACAUAAAUUAAUUAAUUUUCCACCAGAAUCAACAGAUGAUGAUAUACGUGCAUAUCUCAAAACAACAUGGGACAGUAUGGCAACAUAUCUUAAAAAUAAAUAUAAGCCUAAAAAAUUGAAUGAUUUUGAUUGUGAUUUAUUGGCUGAUGAACAAUCAGUUAAAUCAACAUCAUCAAUUAUUAGUAAAACAAAUAAUAGUAAUAAAAAAAAAAAAUUAAUUGACAAAGAUGAAGUAUCUGUAUCAUCAUCUUCAUCAUCAUCAACUGAUUCAAUGAAAAAAAAUAAACCAAUGAAUUUAUUUAAAGGAACAAAAGCCGAAAAACUGUGAAAAACUGGUGGCCAUGGCGUAUUUCGUACCUUUGAUUGUGUUAAACCAGGUGAAUCAGAAUCUGAUUGUGAAAAUAAUGAUGCUGAUAAUGAUAAUAAUAAAAUUGAUGAUAAAACAACAGCUGACAAAUCACCGUCACCAUCAACAUCAACAACAACAGCACUAGUAGAAGCAACAACACCAUCAUCAUCAUCGUCAUCAUCAUCAUCAAUAACAUCAACAGAAGUAGCAGUAACAACACCAAAAAAAUAUGAUUCAAUUGAAGAAGAAAAUUUUAAAUGUAUUGAUUGUUUAUCUGGUGUUGCACCAGCAUGUUUUGUAUGUAAUGAACGUGAAGAAGAAAGAAUAAGAUGUUCAAUGUCAACAUGUGGAAAACAUUAUCAUGCAUCAUGUCUUAAAUUAUGGCCUCAAAGUCAUUGGCAAGGUGGUAGAAUAGCAUGUCCAUAUCAUGUAUGUCAUACAUGUACAUCAGAUAAUCCACAAAGUUAUCAGUGUCAUUCACGUGCACCACAUGAUAGAUUUGUACGUUGUGUACGUUGUCCAUCAGCAUAUCAUGCAGCAUCAUCAUGUUUACCAGCUGGUUCAAAAAUAUUAACUGGUACACAUAUAAUAUGUCCAAAACAUUAUAUAUCACCAAAUCCACCAUUAAAUGCAGCAUGGUGUUUCUUAUGUACACGUGGUGGUUCAUUAAUAUGUUGUGAUACAUGUCCAACAUCAUUUCAUCCAGAGUGUCUUGGUAUUAAUGCACCAGAUGGUGCAUUUAUAUGUGAAGAUUGUGAAACUGGUAGAUUACCAUUGUAUGGUGAAGUUGUAUGGUGUAAACUUGGUAAUUAUCGUUGGUGGCCAUCACGUAUAUGUUAUCCAAAUGAAAUACCAUUAAAUUUAGAAACAGCAACACAUUCAAAUGGUGAAUUUUGUGUUGAAUUUUUUGGUACACAUAAUUAUUAUUGGGCACAUCGUGGACGUUGCUUUUUAUAUCAAGAUGGUGAUUUAAAUGCAAAAGUAACAGCAAUUGGUAAAAAAAAUGUUGAUGAAUCAUAUAAAAUUGCUGUUGAUGAAGCAAAUGAUGUUUAUCAAAAAUUAAAAAAUGAAAAAAUUGCAGCACAAGAUGAUACAAUACCAAAAAGAUUAAAACCACCACCAUAUGUUAAAUUAAGAAUAAAUAAACCAGUUGGUAAUGUUAAACCAGUUGAAGUUGAUAGUAUUGUUGCUUGUGAAUGUAAUCCACAAUGGUCAAAUCCAUGUUCAAGUGAUACUGAUUGUUUAAAUCGUAUAUUAUCAAUUGAAUGUAGUCCAGAUAUAUGUCCAGCUGGUGAAAAAUGUAAUAAUCAAGCAUUUGUAAGACGUGUUUAUCCAGCAAUGGAACCAUUUCAUACUGCUGGACGUGGUUGGGGUUUAAGAACACUUGAUAAUAUUAAAAGUGGACAAUUUGUUAUUGAAUAUGUUGGUGAAGUUAUUGAUGAAGCUGAAUAUAAAAGAAGAUUACAUAGAAAAAAAGAAUUAAGAAAUGAAAAUUAUUAUUUUUUAACAAUUGAUAAUUAUCGUUUAAUUGAUGCUGAACCAAAAGGUAAUUUAAGCAGAUUUAUGAAUCAUUCAUGUCAACCAAAUUGUGAAACACAAAAAUGGACAGUUAAUGGUGAUACAAGAAUUGGUUUAUUUGCAUUACGUGAUAUAUCAAAUAAUGAAGAAUUAACAUUUAAUUAUAAUCUUGCAUCUGAUGGUGAAACAAGAAAACCAUGUUUAUGUGGUGCAUCAAAUUGUAGUGGUUAUAUUGGUUUAAAAGUACAAAAACCACAAUUAACUGUUAUACAACAAACUAAAAUUGAAACUGCUGAAAAAGUUAAAAAACAACGUCGUCGAAGAAUUCAUCCAUGUUGGAAAUGUGGUCAAAGUAUUAUUGAUACAGAUAAUUUAUUAAAAUGUCAAUUAAGAUCUUGUUUUAAACGUUAUCAUACUGAUUGUGCUAAUAUUAUUGAUAAUAAUAGUAAAUUUAUUUGUCCGUGGCAUCAUUGUCUUACAUGUUCAGAUAGAACUGCAUCACAUUGUACAUUUUGUAGUACUGCAUAUUGUCAAAAUCAUUUAGAGGGAAAUUUAACUGAACAAAAAGAAAAUGGUGGAUAUUUAUGUAAAAUUCAUGAAGAUCUACUAUUUGAAGACGAUCAAGAUUUUAAUGUUGAUAAUAAAAAUAAUCAAAAUUUAAAUAAUGUUAUUAUUUAUGGAAAACAAAUGUCACCAGAAUAUCCAGAACCUGAAGAAUCUGAUGAUGAUUUUGACAAAGCAUCAUUACUUGCUGAUUCAGAUAGUCCAAUUGAACCAUUAUCACCUAGAGGCUCGAUAAUCGAGGUUGUAAUAAGCAGUGAAGAAGGUGAUGAUGAUUCAGUAACUCAAGAAAAUAAUAAAUUGGAUAAUGCAAAAGAUGAUAAAUUAGAUAAUAAUUCAUUAAUUAAUGUUAAUGAUAAAAUUAAAUCAAUGGGCUAUACAACCCACCAGUUGAAUGAAAUUAUUGGCAUUGGUGGUGGAAUAUAGUGCAGAAAAAUAUUCAUUUUAUCACUUUAAAAUACUAUUUUCUUUUUUUUUUUUUUUUCAUCUACACUAUAAUAAGUAGUUAAUAAUAAUUAUAGAAAAACAAAAAAUUAAAAAAUGUAAAUAGCUUUUAAUUUAUAUUGUUAGUCAUUUCUUUUAGUGUUUUCGUAUUAAAUGAGUUGUCUUAAUGUGAAAAUUAAAUUAAAAAAUUACGUAUUAAUAAAAAAUAAAUUUAUAAGUUAUAAUCUUAAUAGAAAAACAAAAAAAUA